AUGGCCUUUGGAAGAAGCAGUCCACCGCCUUCCCACUCGUCGGCCAAGAAGCAGCAGUCGAUUUCUAGCUUCUUCACACCCAAACAACCUGCUGCGAAGAAAGCCGCUCCAUCUACGCCAUCCGUAACCAAGAGACCAUCAAUAUCCAAUGCGCCUGAGCCAAAUAGGGAUGCUGGAGAGACAGCCCCGAAGAGCAGCCCACCCAAACCGAAACGUCCCUUCGAAGAGGACAGCGACGAGGAUGAGGACUUGCCCGACCCCAAACGAACGCGUCCGAGUCUCGACAAACUUGAGAACGAAUCAUUGCCCGGCCAUGCAGUGCAGCCACAUAAGCCCUCGGUAGCCAAUCUUGCUGCACCCGUCUCGGAUCGUACCGCUAGAUAUAUUUUCUCCAGCUCUCAACCCGACCAACCUCUCCAAGAUCAUCAGGACGAUGAAGCGAUUCGUAGACAGAAGGAACGUCUCCAUCAAAAGUUUGUGAAGAAGCUGGGCCGACCUGACAGUCUUGCCGACAUAAGACGUCGCAAUCACUUCAUUGAUGAGGACCAGCCAGAAGGCGACGAGGAUAUGGAUGAAGAGGAAGAGGAGGUACCAAAGCCCGCUAAAGGCAGAAAGGGCCCUGCUGCUCGAAAGACUGCUAGCAAGCUCACACCAAUGGAGAAACAAGUCAUUGACAUCAAGAAAAAGCACAUGGAUACUCUUCUGGUUGUCGAGGUUGGUUACAAAUUCCGCUUCUUUGGUGAGGAUGCUCGCAUCGCCGCAAAAGAGCUCCAGAUCAUGUGUGUACCGGGAAAGAUGAGGUUUGACGAGCAUCAUUCAGAAGCGCAUCUUGACAAGUUCGCUGGUGCAAGUUUUCCCACACAUCGCUUGCAUGUCCAUGUUAAGCGUCUCGUCUCGGCCGGACACAAGGUUGGUGUUGUUCGUCAACUUGAAACUGCUGCGCUCAAGAAGGCUGGUGACAACCGCAAUACACCCUUCGUCCGGAAGCUCACAAACUUGUACACCAAGGGUACAUACAUUGAUGACAUAGAAGGCUUAGAUGGUCCUGUGGCUGCACCAGCUGGAGGUGCUCCCGCGACUGGCCAUCUUCUCUGUUUGACUGAGUCGAAUGCUGGAGGCUCCGGCACGGAUGAAAAGGUGCGUCUCGGUAUCGUCGCUGUUCAGCCCACUACAGGUGACGUGAUAUACGAUGACUUCUUCGAUGGCUUCAUGCGAAGCGAACUUGAAACCCGCCUUCUUCAUAUCGCUCCCUGCGAGUUUCUCAUCGUCGGUGCUGUAUCCAAAGCAACAGAAAAGUUGGUCGAGCAUCUUUCUGGCAGUAGGACAAAUGUCUUCGGAGAUCGCGCACGAGUAGAGCGUACCGAAAAGUCAAAGACGUUCGCUGCUCAAGCUUAUACCCACAUUUCUGACUUUUACGCUGGCAAGAUGCAAUCGGAUGAUACGUCGGAGGAGAAGUCUGCCAUGCUUGACAAGGUACACCAGCUCUCUGAAUCAGUCACGAUGUGUCUCUCGGCCAUGAUCACUCAUCUCACCGAUUACGGUCUUGAGCAUGUAUUCGAUCUCACCAAGAACUUCCAGUCUUUCAGUGCACGGUCUCAUAUGUUGCUGAACGGUAACACUCUAUCGUCACUAGAGAUCUACCAAAACCAGACAGAUCACACUGAGAAGGGCAGCCUCUUCUUCAUCCUCAACCGAACAAAAACUCGCUUUGGUCAACGUCUCCUCCGAAAGUGGGUUGGACGUCCUUUACUAGACCAACAACAGUUGCAGCAUCGCAUUGGUGCUGUGGAGGAACUUCUUGACACUGAUCGUGCUAUUCCCACCGACCGUAUCAAGAAUCUUCUGGCUCAUGUGAGAGGCGACCUGGAAAAGUCGUUGAUCAGAAUCUACUACAAGAAAUGUGCCCGUCCAGAGCUGGUAUCUGUCCUCCAGACACUACAAUCUAUCUCCAAUGAGUAUUCGCACGUCAAGUCGCCGGAAGAUUCGGGGUUCAAAUCACAAUUGCUUGCCGAGGCCAUCGCAUCACUGCCGCUGAUAUCCGAAGAUGUCAUCUCGUAUCUCGAAAGAAUUAACCUUCAGGCUGCCAAGGACGACGACAAAUACUCUUUCUUUCGCGACCAACAUGAGACAGAAGAGAUCACCGACCAUAAGGUUGGUAUCGCAUGCGUUGAACAUGACCUGGAUGAGCAUCGUGGGGAAGCGGCGAAGAUCCUCAAGAAGAAUGGAGAGAUCAAAUACGUCACUGUAUCAGGCAUUGAGUUCCUGAUUGAGAUUGAGAACAUACAUCUCCAGAGGGUCCCUGCAUCAUGGGUCAAGAUCAGUGGAACAAAGAAGGUAUCGCGAUUUCACACACCUGAGGUCGUCAAGCUCAUCCGCGAACGUGAUCAGCGCAAGGAGGCUCUCGCCAACGCCUGUGAUGCCGCUUUUGCCGAGCUUCUUUCUGAGAUUGGUGCCAAGUACCAAACCUUCCGCGAUUGUAUUCAGUCAUUGGCAACUCUGGACUGCCUGCUCUCGCUAGCCGACAUUGCAAGUCAACCAGGAUACACAAAGCCUGAAUUUAUCACAGACACUGAUGAAGUCCGUCUUGAGGUUAAGGAGGGUCGCCAUCCGAUGGUUGAACAGCUUCUUCUUGAUUCUUAUGUGCCUAAUGACAUCGAACUAUCUUCUCAGGAGAGAGCUCUUCUCAUCACUGGACCGAACAUGGGCGGCAAGUCGUCUUAUGUCAGGUCAGUAGCCUUGAUCGGUAUCAUGGCACAGAUAGGAAGUUGGGUUCCGGCGUCGCACGCAAGGCUGACACCACUGGAUGCCAUCUUCACGCGUAUGGGUGCAUUCGACAAUAUGCUCAAGGGUGAGAGUACCUUCAUGGUGGAACUGUCGGAGACAUCGGACAUUCUGAAGCAAGCUACACCUCGUUCACUUAUCAUUUUGGAUGAACUCGGUCGUGGUACAAGCACACAUGAUGGUGUGGCUAUCGCACAAGCUGUCUUAGACUAUGUGGUGCGUGAGACCAAGGCGCUCACUCUCUUCAUCACCCAUUACCAAGCACUCUCUCGUAUAGCGGAAAGAUAUGACGCGAGAGAGCUUCGAAAUGUGCAUAUGCGCUUUACUGAAGAGGUCGUUGGUGACGAUCAUACCGACAUCACUUUCUUGUAUGAGGUCGGUGAAGGUGUUGCACAUCGCAGUUACGGCUUGAACGUCGCAAGACUUGCUGGACUUCCGAAAGACGUGCUCGACGUGGCUGCGAUCAAAAGCACGCAGAUGGAAGAAGAGGCAAACAGAAGAAAAAUGGCGCAUUUAUCACGAGUGUUGUCGUCGACCCUUGAGAGCGAACAGUCAUCGAAUCUGGAACUGCUCGUUGCUGGUGUCGAUAUGAUGUAA